AUGCCCGUGCACGCAUUGGUGUUAUGCCCAUGUCGGCGUGUUUGUGCGUGUUUGCAUUGUAGGGAUGUCAGCCAAAACAAUCUCACCGGCCGUCUCCCUCCAACAAUCGGCAGCCUUACCCGUCUUUUAAACUUGGAUAUAUCUGGAAAUAAAAUCACAUGCCCACCAGACAAUAGCAGCUGUGUGGUCCCACAGGACAAUAAAACUGCUUUCUGCCAGGAGUGCCCUGACUUCUGCAACACAUGUGACAUGGCGCCACCCUCGAUAUCACCCUCUGCUCCACCCUCGUCUGCUCCACCCUCGUCUGUUCCACCCUCGUCUGUUCCACCCUCGUCUGCUCCACCCUCGUCUGCUCCACCCUCGUCUGCUCCACCCUCGUCUGCUCCACCCUCUCCCUCCCAAAGCCCCCAGCCUCAACCCGCAGCCUCCGCCUCCCAGUCUGGACGUAGCCUUUCAGUUGGCGCCAUAGCAGGCAUUGCUGCUGCUGCUGCUGGUGUGGCUAUCCUUGUGCUGCUGUUGCUAGGACUGAUGGGGUUCAAGAGGCGCCGCACCAAGGCGAUGGCAUCGCGGGGCGAUGCUGGAAUGAAUGUGGAUGGCGAGGACUUGGCAGCAGCAAGUGCGCUCCAAGAAGCACACCUGGAGAAGCAGGAUCCCAAUGCUGUAUGGGCGGCAGUAGCAGCUGCAGCAGCAGCUACAACAGUAGCACGAGGCAGACAGGAUGAUGGUGCCUUGGUGGAUCGAGAGGCAGCACGGCCAGAUGUGUGUCGGGAAUAUUGCUUGGCUGACCUGGAAUGUGCUCCAGAAGAGUGGGCAGAGAGAAACAAGAUUGGCAGUGGCAGCUUUGGUGAUGUGUACAAAGGGGUGUCUCCCUAUGAUAGCAAUCAAGUGUGGGCAGUCAAACGAGCUCGAGUACUCACCAAUGACUUCCAAACAGAGGUGAAAGAGAUGGCAAGCAAGCACCAUCCGCAUCUUGUGCGGCUUCUGGGGUACUGUAUUGACUUCAACCCAGCAACACGAGAGAUGGAGCAGAUUCUAGUGUAUGAGCUCAUGCAGAACAAUGAUCUUGAGAGCUGGAUUGAGCCCGGUGUUGCCAAUCCUCUUUCUCUGCAGCAGCGGCUGGACGUGCUGAUUGGAGUGGCAAAGGGGCUGCAGUACCUGCAUGAGUUCGGCAUUGUGCAUCGUGACUUGAAGCCAGCCAACAUCCUCCUCGAUUCAAAGAUGCAGGUCAAGAUCGCCGACUUUGGUCUUGUGAAGCCGAGUGCAGGCACCUCUUUGGGAAGCACUGUGGCUGCCACUUGGGUGAUGGGAACACCGGGCUAUGUGGAUCCAGCCUGUGAAUCGCACAAGGCCACUCCAGCCGCAGAUGUCUACAGUUUCGGAGUGGUGAUGCUGGUGGUUAUCACAGCACGCAAGGCGGUUCAUGUAACAGACGACACCCACACCAACCUCAGCAAAUGGGUAGCUCCACUGGUUGAAUCCAAAGCAGUGUCUGCAUUCAAGGACCCUUGUUUGGAUGCACCAGAUGAUCUCGUGCUGCACUUGGCCCGCCUUGCCCUCUCCUGCACUGCCAUGCCCACUGCCUCCCGCCCUCCCAUGAGCCAAGUGCUGGUAGAUCUGGUGAAGACGAGGGAGAAGGUUUUUGGAGCACAGGCAAACAGGAUCGCAUCUCGCAUUGACAAGGAAAUAGAGAUCUCGUUUCAACCGGACUUUGAUGCUGAGAUUGCGCGAGUGAAGAACAUGGGUGUAUCGGGUAGCUCUUCUGGCAGUGCGUAGUGUCAGAAACUCGGCCACUAACCACUGAGUUAAUAGUGUCGAAUGUAACUUAGGUCGUUAUUGUAGACUAGACUGGAUUGUGCCUUAGAGGGUACAACACCCUAGUCUAUAUAUCCUUGUACUCACACAU